CUUCCGUAUUACUGAAGUGGUAUGGUGGCAGGCAUCAAGAAGUUUAUGAACUGAGACAUGAGAUUUCUUUUAAUCUCCUCCUGAAGACGCUGCAAUUUCGCAAGUUAACUGAAGAAUAUUUCCAUUCCAAAAAACCACCGGCUAAGAGAUUGGAUCACAACAUGAAAUGAAUUUCCAGAUCCGUGGAUUUCCAGUGAUCUCCGGCAAUGCAUGGAAAGGAUUGUUGCUAGCUGACUAGCUAGCUAGCUUGCUGGGCUAGCUAAUGACUUCUGCUAGCUAAAUUUCUUUUCGUCACAUAUUUUCUGAUAAUGUAACCGGGUUCCUGUGAUGGAUGGAUUACAACCUUAGCGAACAUGGUAGGCUACCAUCACCGCUUUUAAAAUUACUAGUUAGUUAGUUUCCAGUGUUGCUUCGCUUUGUGUACUUUGAGAUAUACAAGAAACAAAGGAUAUAGCUAGCUAGCCUGCUAGCUAACCAAAAACAAACAGUGGAUCCGGCUCAUCGAUAAAUGCCGAGCUCGGAGGCGGUGCAAGAGGGUCGGGGACGGAGCCCCUCUGAGCACAGAAAUCCCCGAGAGAGACGAAGUAGAGCACCCGGCGGUGCACCAUCUCAGGGCGAGAAACACCGGGAAAAGAGGCAGUCGUCGUCCUCUCGCCGAAAGAAGCACAGACACGCCAGGGAGAGACACCAGCAGCCGGACGAGACUAACAGCGAACGGAGGAGCGUGUUCGAGAGAGACGGCGAGCUCAGGACAUUGGUGGAGUACGACGAUGUCAGCUCGCAGUCGGAGGGCUUCUCCGGGAGCCCCUCUCCCAGACCGGACCCGCACUCCCAGCGGCUUUUGCUGCAGCGGCUGAACGAAGCGGAGUUCCUGGGCGGUGGUGGCUCAGGCACGCCGAGCAGGAGGUCGAGAAAAGAGAGACACUCCUCGCACCCAAGAAAAGAGGGAAUAAGCCGAUCGAGCGAGAGAAACAGACUCGAAAGAGAGGACAAAAGGAAUGACCACCGCAGCCGAGAGAGAGACCUUUCCUCCAAGUCCCGCAGCGGCAGCAAACACAACAGAGACGUCGGGAGGAGUACUGACAGCAAUGGCAAGAACAAAGCUCCGGCGACAUUAGUGUCGCCGGACAAAAAAGAAUCAAAGCGGUCAAAAAGUAGGACGAGGCUGGAAAAGGACCCCCCGACCGCGUAUAGGGACACCCCGAAAGCUUACAGGGAUGAUCGUGAGGACCACAAGGCCUACAAAAGAAGUCCCGGGCUCAGGGAAGAAAGUCCCUAUGGGGCGUCUUACUCGCAGGGCUACGGGUAUCAGUCUCCGGGCGCUGGUUAUAAUCAGUUCAUUUCCAGAAGAAGCCCCAGUUACGGGAGUAAGAGGCGCUCCCCCAGUCCUAUUUACUAUGGCCGGGAUGCGGAUCUGUACGGCGCUUACAACUCAAAGUCACCCGGCUCCUACUCCGUUAAACGACAAAGGUCUCCUACGAGUCCCUACAGCAGACGCAGGUCUCCGAGCUACAUCAGAAAUAGCCAAUAUGAACAAGGAGAACUCACUUCCAGUCCUUACAGUAGUCGACGGCGAUCAAGAAGUCCCUACAGGAAGUCAUUCAGCCCGAGCCCCGAUUUGAGGAGAUGUGCUCGCUCCCGUAGCCGCAGCCCGUACGCCUCGUCCCGGCACCGCCGGUCCCGCUCACGCUCCCGGUCCCGGUCGGGCAGCCAGCCCUCCACCCUGUCCCCCAGCACGCUCACCUUCAAGAGCAGCCUGGCGGCUGAGCUCAGCAAGCAGAAGAGGGCCAAGGCCGCCGAGGCUGCGGCCCGCGCAAAGAGCUCCGGCGACCCCUCCACGCCCACCAAGGCCCCCUCCCAGACCUCUGCCGCUGCCGCUGCCGCCGCCGCCCCCCAGCCCAGCCCCGGCCCCGCCGCCAAGAAGAGCCGGCCUCCCUCCCCGCCCCCGGAAAAGGGCCCCCGGACCCCGCCGUUAAGCUGCCCCCGGUCCCCAGGCGAAGGCCCCAUGAAGAAGCCUGCGGCGGCGCCUCCCCAGGCCAGUAAAGACAGCAAGGGGAAGGAAGACCCUCCUGCACAGCCGCCCCGGGAGAAGAAAAAGCCCCCCGCUUCCGGACAGGGCGGUAAAGACAGAGACCGCACGAACGCUCCCGCCAUGAGCACGCUCGCCUCCCUCCCCCUGCCCCCCACCCUGCUGGAGCACCUGGAUGGAGUGGACAGCAUCAAGGACUGCCUGCCAUCCAACUCCGGGAAGAAGAAGUCUGAGCACAAGCCCCGCCCGCUCCUCAGUGACCUCCCGCUGCCCCCCGAGUUGCCCGGGGGCGACCCCAGCUCCCCCCGCAGCUCCCCCAACGACAAAAAGACCUCCACACCACGGCGCAGACCCAAGAUCUGCGGCCCUCGGUUCGGUGAAAUCAAGGAGACAGAGAUUUACUGGGGGAAGCGCUGCGUGGACAAGUUUGAGAUCAUCGGCAUCACUGGGGAGGGCACCUACGGGCAGGUGUACAAGGCCAGAGACAAAGACACCUCCGAAAUGGUGGCGCUGAAGAAGGUGCGCCUGGACAACGAGAAGGAAGGCUUCCCCAUCACUGCCAUCCGCGAGAUCAAGAUCCUGAGGCAGCUCAACCACAAGAGCAUCAUCAACAUGAAGGAGAUCGUCACCGACAAGGAGGAUGCCCUCGACUUCAAGAACGACAAAGGUGCAUUCUACCUGGUCUUCGAGUACAUGGACCAUGACCUGAUGGGGCUGCUGGAGUCAGGCCUGGUCCACUUCAACGAGAGCCACAUCAAGUCCUUCAUGCGGCAGCUGCUGGAGGGCCUGGACUACUGCCACAAGAAGAACUUCCUGCACCGGGACAUCAAGUGCUCCAACAUCCUGCUCAACAACAAAGGGCAGAUUAAGCUCGCAGAUUUUGGCUUGGCAAGGCUCUACAGCUCAGAAGAGAGUCGGCCAUACACUAACAAGGUGAUCACCCUGUGGUACCGGCCACCGGAGCUGCUGCUGGGAGAGGAGAGGUACUCGCCGGCCAUUGACGUCUGGAGCUGCGGGUGCAUCCUGGGAGAGCUGUUCACCAAGAAGCCCAUCUUUCAGGCCAACCAGGAGCUUGCCCAGUUGGAGCUCAUCAGCCGAAUCUGUGGGAGCCCCUGCCCUGCGGUGUGGCCAGAUGUCAUCAAACUGCCCUUCUUCAACACCAUGAAACCAAAGAAACAGUAUCGCCGGCGGCUGAGGGAGGAGUUUGCAUUUGUACCACCCGCCGCCCUAGACCUGUUUGACCACAUGCUGGCCCUGGACCCCAGCAAACGUUGCACCGCAGAGCAGGCGCUCAACAGCGAAUUCCUCAGGGACGUCGACCCAGCCAAGAUGCCCACCCCUGACCUCCCGCUGUGGCAGGACUGCCACGAGCUGUGGAGCAAGAAGCGGCGACGGCAGAAGCAGAUGGCGGAGGACCAGGCCGCGCCCAAGGCGCCCCGCAAGGAGCCAGGCCUGGAUGACAGCCACAACAACACCCCCCAGGGCCUCCCCGCCCCCGGCCAGCACAAACCCCCCGGCGCCGGGACCUCGGGCCUGCUGGACUCGAAGGCCCCUGGCUCUCAGCUUACCCCAGAUCAGCUGGCGGUGAUGGUGAACCUGCUGCAGUCCAAGAGCUCGGUCAGCAUGGCGCAGUUUGCCCAGGCCAUGAACAUCAAGGUGAACCCCGAGACGCUGCAGCAGCUCACCCAGGUCUCGCUGCCCACCGGCAUGCUGGGAGAGGCGGAGAGGCCCCCGGAGCCGGCUGCCCCGCCCCCGGAGCCCCCCAGGCCCGCCCAGGGAGGGGGGGCGCCCCGAACCCCCCCACUGCCCCUGCAGGGAGGCAGGCUGGAGGGAGAGGCAGCCUCGGCGGCUGUGCAGAGCGCCGUCACCAUGCUCCUGGCCCAGCUGCUUCAGGCCCAGCAGACGCAGAUGAAGACCCCCGUCGGCCCGCCUGAGGGGGGCGACGCCGUCCCCGCCCUUGCGGGCGGAGCAGGGGGGCAGGACACGCCCGCGGAAGUGAAGCCCCCCGAACCCAGCCCGCCCCUGCCCCCCGUCUCACCAGUGUCAGAGGGUGGUGGAGUGCCUGUCCCACAGGAGCCACCCAUCCUGCCCCCGGACCAGAGACCCCCUGAGCCCCCGGAGCCGCCCCCUCCCAGCGAGGACCUGGACUACCGGCUGGCCCCCGACGCCAACGGCGUGUCAAAGGCUUCCCUCGCGCAGCCGCACAACAGUGCCGGGGGCGGGGCCACCGGCGAGGGAGGCGGGCCCACGGAACCCAACUACCCGCCUCCUCUGCCCCCUCCUCACCCAGAGAUCCCACCCCCACCCAGCUUCGCCCCGCUGCCUCCUCCCUUCCCCCCCUCGGGGUAUCCCGGCGAAGGCUUCGGGGCCAGCUACCUGGGCCGGCUGCCGCCCAACUCUCUGAGGGACAUGUUCAGCAACACAGCUGCCCCUUCCUCCUCCUCCUCCUCCUCACAGCCGCACACCCCCGGCUACCAGGAGGCCGGGCGGGGCGGGGCCGUGCUGUUUAGCGGGGACAAGGACCACCGCUUCGAGUACAAUCACAGCCCUCUGCCCGAGGGCCUUCUCCACGGCUACAACCACGGCAUGGGCCGACCGGACGGCCCCCUUCCGCCCCCACCCGCGCUCCCUCCCCCAGGCCAUGCCUGGGGCUCCCCCUCCCAGCCAGGGGCGCCCCCCUUCCCCCCCGGAUUCAUGCCCCACAUGAACGCAGCGGCGCUAAGGGGGCGAGGGCUACCCUUCUGACCCAGAGCCUCGCAGCAGGACGGGACGGGACAGGGCAGAAGCCAGAACAAGAAAAAAAAAAAAAAAAAAAAACUACCACAA